AACUGUCAAACAGGUAACAUGUGACACAGGUAACGCAGCUAACGAGAAACAUACUACAGGUAAAGGUGUACCGUGACAUAGAUAUACAGACGACUUAUCUGGAUAAGAACCGACACAUCUGUUGAUAGCAGCGAUCGUGUUUAUUUAAUCAUCAAUGUUCCUACAGGAUUUAACUACCCCACUCCAAUUGUCUUCAAGCAUUCGAGGAUAAGUGCUGUGUAUUUUCCGGGGAAUUAUUUACUUGGGAGUGUGAAACUAAUGCCCAUUUGUGGACAAGACUGACCAAUUCACUGGUCAGUUGUAUGGAUAUUUAUCAUAAUUAAUGGUCAGUAUCAUUUUAUAGGUGGAUGUUAAACAUUAUUAUACUGAAUAUUUACAUCAAAGUGGAAAAUUUUGGAUAAUUUUGUGACUUCAUUACCGGAUUUUACAGGGAUCUAUUCAUUAACAUUGAAACAGUUGAAGGACUAGAAAACACUGAGAACUGUUGGAAUUCCUUUGAGGAAAUAGUGUGGAUUUUAUAAUUACGACAGAGGAAAGUGUACCCAAAGAUUCCAUUGUCACUGGAUUAAAAACCUGAAAUAAAUCAAGAAUAUCGUGAUAACUGGACCUUUCCUGUGGAAUUAUGUGAUUCACUCGUGGAUGGCCAUUGUGAAUUUAAAUGUGAAAUUUUCUGAUGAGUUUGGAUUAUACAAGCUGUCCACAUCACGUAGAUAGAGUGGAUUGAGUUCAGUGGAUCGACUGUGUUACAUGAAGCCUCUUAUUUCUCCGCAGUAUUUGUGACAGUCGAGGAGAUGUCAUGUGGAUUUUACAUCUUACUUACGCUAAGUCUUAGUCUCGUAAUAGUCCCAGGUGUAAUUUGUACAUCAUGGAAGACAGAGCCUACGGAUGUGUCGGUCCGGGUCCACCAAGAAGCAAUUCUGAUGUGCGAGGUCAACGAUCGUGGAUCAAAAGUUGUGGCCUGGAAUAAACAAGGAACAAUAUCUGUUAAUUCACAAAUUAUCAACUCGCAGUAUCAAGGACGAUAUGUUAUUGAGGGAGAGUUCAACCUCAAAAUCUUCAAUGUUACGAUAGCGGAUGAUGGAGAAUUUGUGUGUACAGUACAGAACUUUACCAAUGGCAAUGCGUAUCUUAAUGUACUGGUGCCACCUGGAGCUCCAAAUUUACAAGUCAAUGAUACCAGACCAAGUCUAAAUGAAGGGGACUAUGUUUCUUUAACCUGUUACUCCUCUGGUGCUAAUCCUGCCCCAUCAUUUCGAUGGACAAGGAAAAUUGAUGGGACCAAAGAGGAUGUUCCUUCUAGUGCUAUUUUGUCUGAGAAUGUUCAGGCCAAAGGCCAAUCUUCUAGUCAAAUUGUGAUAGCUCUGAGGCCAAGAGACAAUGGAGCCGAAUAUAUGUGUGAAGUUUUCAACAGUUUAAAUGCAGCUAAUACACUUUCUACUACCCAUACAUUUUCUGUAUUUUAUGCCCCAAUCAUAUCAUUUCCACCUGCCUACCCUCAAUUUAAUAUCCUGCUUGGUUCAUCAUUUAACAUGGAAUGUCUUGUCGAUGCGAAUCCCUCAGCAACCUCGAUCGUCUGGCGUAAAGGUUCAUCAGUAUUACGGACGGGGACAGGUAACAGUCUUACCCAUACAUUCCGAAGUGCCCAGAAAUCUGAUACAGGAGAGUAUUCCUGUACUGCCACCAACAGUAUCAACAGCAUUGUCUUGUCUACACAGCUCACUGUCAUGUACGCCCCUAUCAUCACUGUACCACCCAUAUACACAGCUCGUAAAUCUGAUGAUAUCAGUAUGAGAUGCAGUGUGGAUGCCAAUCCGCCCGUGACCUACCUCCAGUGGCUCAAGGUUGAUGGCAGUAUUGGAUCAAGUGGGCAAGAUCUAAACUUAACCAAUAUCAGUGUCAGCCAAAUGGGCAACUACUCUUGUAUAGCCAAGAACCGGCUACAAUUAUCCAAUCAGGUGGCCCGAGAGGAAGUGAGCAGGGGAUACUCAUACCUUUAUGUGCAAUAUAAGCCCGGUGAUGCCUUUAUAUCUCCGUACAGUCCGGUAAAGGUCGGGGAACAACUCACUCUCACCUGUUCAGUCAAUGAGCCAGGCUAUCCAUCUCCGGUGUUUGAAUGGCGACGUGUGGAAACCAACUCCAUACUAGCCCAGAACAAGGCCGACCUGGUGAUUCCACAAGUGUCCCUCAGCUACAUCGGAAACUAUUCCUGUGCAGCCACCAAUAUCAUCGGGUCAGGAGGACGAAGUACCAUCCAAGUGGAUAUAUACGAACCAGUAUCAUUCAAGGUGCAGCCAAAACCAAGGGAGACAAUCUACCAUAACAACACAGGCUUCACAUUACAGUGUGUCGUUCAAGGUCGGCCUCAGCCCAAUGUCAUCUGGUACAAGGAUGGAGUGCGGAUUGAUCAGAACAGUGACUUCUAUACGGUAUCGACGUCCGUCAACCUGGAGAGUGCAUACCGAUAUGUUGUCACCAGUCGCAUGUCUUUCCAAGGUUCUGGACGCUCUUCAUCUAGAGGGACACUUCUCCUUCAAGACAUGGGUAACUACACUUGUUUGGCUUUAUCUAACGCCACCGGAUCACAACAGAGUCAUACAGUAGAGCUCCUUAUCUUCUUUCCACCACAAACUGAUGCAGAUGAGAAGGUGGCAGCGACAGCCAAUGACACAGCCAGACUUUACUGCAUUGUCCAGGCAUAUCCUAUCCCACAAUUCCAGUGGUACAAAGGGGAGUCACUCCUACCUCUUGGGGGCAGAUAUACACAGGAGCCAACAGUCAAUAUUAGUGUUUUCAUGGCGAGGAAUACUCUACAAAUAGCUGAUGUCCAGAAUGUAGAUUUCGGAGAUUACCAGUGUCGAGUGCUUAGCAACCUGGGAACGGCAGUCAAAAUUAUAACACUUGCCGUCAAAAAUAAACCUGAGGCACCUACUGAAAUAGUCGUUACCUCUAAGACUUGGGAGUCUGUGUAUUUACAAUGGACUCCAGGAUUUAAUGGCGGAGAAUCUCAGACGUUUUAUAUUCGCUACACAAGCCUACCACAUUCUUCACACGGUGCUAACGAUGUCGACGUGGCAACGGCAGACGAGUACAAUGUAACAGGUUUAAUGCCAGAAACGACGUACGACUUCAAAGUUUACGGCGUGAAUAAACUUGGACAGGGGAAUCACUCCGAAUCUAUAAAAGUUACAACAAAUAGAUUAACAUUCCCAGCGAUAAAGACAGUGCCAGUAUUUAAGGUGGAAGAUAAGAAAUUGACAUUGGAUGUUGAUAUCAACAUUACAUAUUGUGUUCGUAUCAAAGUCAGCCGCAAUGGCGGCACAACAUGGUCAACUGUUAUUCUUAAUAGUGUGGAUUGUUUUGACGCUUCGCAGAAGUCGUAUUCCGUGCUUGAGGAUGGUAUUAAUAAGUUAAACAUUUCGCUGUGUCUACAGUCCCGGCAGGAAGUGUGUGGUGCUCACGUAUCUGCAGAAAUCCGUCAGCAAAGUAACCCGGACCUUUCGGCUACGGGAGUUAUCGCCAUAGGAGCCGUUUGUGCCGCCGUCCUCAUCGCUCUUCUCUGUGUACUUGUAUACUUCAUCUGUCGGCGGCGACAAAAUAAUGCUGCCAAAGAUUUUGAAAAUGCACAAAAUGCCAACAGGCAGGCACAGCCGGUUAACGGCGUUAAUAUCCCCGCAAAACCAAAAAGAGGCUUCGACAAUCCAGGUAUGGACACUACAGAGUUUCACGAGCCCUAUCGUCGGGACGGCUCUAGUGGCAUGCGUGGUAGUACUAAUAUGUAUUCUGGACUGAACCAUAUGAAUUAUCAUUCUCAUGUUAAUACCCAUAAUGGCCAGCCCCCAAAUGGAAAUAUACCUCUAGACACCUCAUAUGAUUCUCAGUUAGAGAAACGUCUGUAUGAAAACGAAAUGAACAGACGAAACGACAAUAUGAAUAACGAGGCAUUCAACCAUAACAAACAUACAGAUUCAUCAUUUCAUGGAACACCAAGGAAAGAACAGCAACAGUACAUCGACCUUCACCCAGAGGACCACAAAGAAGGGGGCAGUUUUGGAAGUGGUAUGGAGAGUGGUUACUCGACUCCUGAUUCGUCCAAACCGAAAAAGGUUAUAUACGAGGUUGUUGUAUGAUGUUCUGGAGCUGCUCGUGCUAUUUAUAGUGUCGUGAAGUACGUGUGAGGUUACAUGUUGUCAUGGUGAUCAGGACAAAGAAGCUGCCUCAUUUUGAGCAGAAUGAGAAAGAGGCUGCCUCAUUUUGAGCAGUAUGACAAAGAGGCUGCCUCAUUCUGAAGCAGUUUUAAUGAUACCAUGUUAUGGACACGGUGACCUCUUUGACAUUUUGUGCUUCCAAAAGUGAUAUCUCCAAGCAUGGGUAUUCCCAGUACUGUGUCGUUAAUCGAUGUUUGUGUUGACACCAUAUGUGUUCCUCAUUCUGAUUGGUGGAUACCAACAAACCCAUGCUUCUUGUCAUACAUCAAAACUAAAAUCCCAAGCUGGCUACCAAAUCUGUUGUGUUGUGUAAAAUACAUUACCACCAGCUAAUAUCCUUUGAUGGCCAACAUGAAGAGAAUCAUUGUAACUGAGAAUUGUUUGCCAAAUAAAACUUUUUCCCUUGUGUUGUGAAGUCUACGGCAGAUAUUUUUAUAGCGGACAUUAUGCAGACAAGUGCCCUAUGACCUUUUAACCGUGGUACACAGCAACAAACAUUUUGGGGAUUUAGGUGUUUUGUCUUAUGACAGAAAGGAAGACUUUUAUAUGAUAAUCAUGCUUGAUUAUGAUCUCGAAAUUCCAUGUGCUCAGGGGAAGCAAGACAUGGGAAGAACUUUUCUGGUGAAGAGAAUCGCUGUGUGUAUACGCAAACACACAUCGUAUACGCAGAUAUCAUGACACACAACAUGUAUACGCAGAUGUCAUGACACAUAUUGCAAUAACUUAGAAACUUUUCAUUUGUCAAAGUUAACAAAUCAACCACUAAUUCUCGAUUAUUUUGUAAAAAUUAUCUUAAACCAGUAGAAUUUUUUUUUAUUUAAAACAAAAAACGUCAUCAUGGAAAUUAGCUUGCAAUAUCAUCAAUCAUAAGUUCUGAAAUCCAGUAGAAUUGAAUUAUCAUUUAUAGAAUAUUUAAAGAUUUUACUGCCAUUUUUGUCAUCCAUUGUUGUUGUCGUCUUGGCUGCGGAACUGUUAUGGUAGUCCCGCAGAAAAGAAUAUUUUCAUGAUUGGUGCUCAGUUGUUGAUCAUGUUAUGUUGCUGUUCAGAUUUCAAUUGUGGAGGAAAUUUUUAAGUUCAAAUUUUAGCAUGUUAAAUAAAAUGUUCAUUUUGAUGAAAAUUUCAUUAUAUUUUCCCACCAUUUAUGUAUUUUUAUCAAAACUUUGUUCAUCAUUUCAAAACAGCAAUUUGUGUUUUCUGUAUUGUAAAUAAAAGAUCAGA